GUGGAAGCCGGGCCGGGGCGGCCAGCAGGCAAUUUGCAUGAGAGACAGACUGGGAAUGAGCUGGAGUGGGCGCCUCUCCGCGCACACAGAGCGGGGCAGGAGGGGGAGGAGGAGGGAGCUGCCGCCGCCGCCGGGGAGAGGCGGCGAACUCCGGGCAAAGUUUGGAGCCGCGGGCCCGCGGCGCUGAGGCAGCGGCGGGCGGGGAGCGGCGGGGCCGGGCAGGGCCGCCCGGGCCGCGCGGUGUGAGGCGGCGGCGGCGGCGGCGGCGGGGCGAGCGCGGGGGGCGGCGGGCAGAGAGAGCGCGGAGCCGGCGGCGGGCGCUGCCGGCACAGCCAGCAUGUCCUCCAUCCUGCCCUUCACUCCUCCCAUCGUCAAGCGGCUCCUGGGCUGGAAGAAAGGCGAGCAGAACGGGCAGGAGGAGAAAUGGUGCGAGAAGGCGGUGAAGAGCCUGGUGAAGAAGCUGAAGAAGACGGGGCAGCUGGACGAGCUGGAGAAGGCGAUCACCACGCAGAACAUCAACACCAAGUGCAUCACCAUCCCCAGGUCCCUGGAUGGGCGGCUGCAGGUGUCCCACAGGAAGGGCCUCCCCCACGUCAUCUACUGCCGCCUGUGGCGCUGGCCCGACCUGCACAGCCACCACGAGCUGCGCGCCAUGGAGAUGUGCGAGUUCGCCUUCAACAUGAAGAAGGACGAAGUCUGCGUCAACCCCUACCACUACCAGAGAGUGGAGACCCCAGUGCUGCCUCCGGUGCUGGUGCCUCGGCACACGGAGAUCCCGGCCGAGUUCCCGCCCCUGGAUGACUACAGCCACUCCAUCCCAGAGAACACUAACUUCCCUGCAGGUAUCGAGCCCCAGAGCAACUACAUUCCAGAGACCCCUCCUCCAGGCUAUCUGAGUGAGGAUGGAGAAACCAGUGACCACCAGAUGAACCCCAGCAUGGAUGCAGGUUCUCCAAACUUAUCACCAAACCCCAUGUCUCCAGCACACAACAACCUGGACCUGCAGCCCGUGACCUACUGCGAGCCGGCCUUCUGGUGCUCCAUAUCCUACUACGAGCUCAACCAGAGGGUGGGGGAGACCUUCCACGCCUCGCAGCCCUCCAUGACCGUGGACGGCUUCACCGACCCCUCCAACUCGGAGCGCUUCUGCCUGGGGCUGCUGUCCAACGUCAACCGCAACGCGGCCGUGGAGCUCACCCGGCGCCACAUCGGCCGCGGCGUGAGGCUGUACUACAUCGGCGGGGAGGUGUUCGCCGAGUGCCUCAGCGACAGCGCCAUCUUCGUGCAGUCGCCGAACUGCAACCAGCGCUACGGCUGGCACCCGGCCACGGUCUGCAAGAUCCCGCCAGGCUGCAACCUGAAGAUUUUUAACAACCAGGAGUUCGCUGCGCUGCUGGCGCAGUCGGUGAACCAGGGCUUCGAGGCCGUGUACCAGCUGACGCGCAUGUGCACCAUCCGCAUGAGCUUCGUCAAGGGCUGGGGUGCCGAGUACAGGAGGCAGACCGUGACCAGCACUCCCUGCUGGAUCGAGCUGCACCUCAACGGGCCCCUGCAGUGGCUGGACAAGGUCCUCACACAGAUGGGCUCCCCCAGCAUCCGCUGCUCCAGCGUCUCCUAAGGAAACCCCUCCUGGGGGCCCGUGGGGGAACAAGGACUCUGCAACACCCUUAGCAACGGCAUAGUAAACAACUCCCCAGUUACUCAAGCGAUGAGAAAAAAAAAUCUGCUUCAAAAACAAAAAAGAAGUGGGUUUUCUUUGUUUUGUUGUUGUUUUUAAAUACCCAUUUAAGCCACUUCCACUGAAACUGUCGGCACUUUGGUCGGGAUGCUCCGGGGCCGCUGCAGUUGGAAUUUGGAGCUGGAGUUGGUGAGGAUAAAGAGCUGGAUGUUGUUUCAGUGGAGAGCAGGCAGUGCUCACCUGCCUCCAGGCUGUGUGUGGCACAGGAGCCAUCCCAGCUGGCAGGAAACUUUCCCUUCUCUCGCACAACUCCAGGCUCCGCAGCAUCCCAGGAACACCAGAGCGUGUGGGGCUCCAGGAUGGGAACACCAGAGCCUGUGGGGCUCCAGGAUGGGAACACCAGACCCCGUGGGGCUCCAGGAUGGGAACACCAGACCCCGUGGGGCUCCAGGAUGGGAACACCAGACCCCGUGGGACUCUGGGGUGGCUCCUGCUCGUGCAUUCCUUCACCACCCACCUGAUGCACACCGGUGCUGCAGCAGCAGGGGGGAAGGAGGCAUUUCAAACACCCAAAAGAAGGAAUUGCCCCAGGAAUGUUCCCAAAAGGAAGGAAUUUCCACACUGGACUUGCAGCAAGGAGGCAGAGCCUUGCCUGGUGCCCGGGGGAUGAUGCCCUCAUGGAUCAGCCUGGAUUCACAUGGAGCAAAAGCCCACUUUGAGGCUCUUUGUGGUGUUGCUGCAGCGAUUUCAGGCUGGAGCUGCUCCCAGAGGGAGAACUGUCCCGUGGGGAGCCCUGCCUGGAGCAGCUCAGGCUCAGUUCUCUGCAGUCUGUCUGCAUUAACUGCAGCAGGUCGGGGCUGUGUUUUCCCAGUCUCUGCCUCUCCAAAGCCCCAGGGGCUCCGUGUCCAGGUGGAGCAGGGAUGGAAUGUCCAGGCCUGGCUGUGGAGCACCCCUGCAGGGGGAUCCUGUGCUGUCACAUGCACAGCCAGGACAUCUCAGACACAACCACCCCUCUGUGUGAAACUGUUCCAGCUGAUGAAAAUGCUCUUAGAUGUGUUUUUGCCUGGAGAAAUUGGGAGAGUGUGUAUUUACUUGUAUUAUAAAAUGUUCAUUUUAAACAUAUAUGCUCCAGACUGUUUAAUAUUUUUUAUCCCUGCAGCAACUGUCGUGGCAAACAAUUUCCUCAACUGGAAAAAACCCCUUAGCACUUGUUUUUAUGGUUCACAGUUGCCAAAUAAGUCUCAUAACUUUGUCAGUGCUGUCCAAUUAUCUGUUUCUUUAUAUCUGCAGUGAAUAUCUUAUGCAUUUGUGCCAAAAUAUUGGAGAGGGGAGAAGGUGAUAAUCAGUUUCCUAUGGAAAUCUUUUUUUUCUUGUUUUUUUUAUGUAUGAAAGACAAACAAGCUGGAUGUGGCUGUGGGAAGGACUGACUGGGAUGGACUUGAGGAUGGUUUUGAUAAAGCUUUAGUCCUGCAAACUUCUGUGGGAGUGCCCUGAUCCACUGGGGGAACUGAUUGGAUCAAACGCCCACCAGGAAUUUCCAUGCUCCUCCUUUGCCAAGGCUCCUUCCUCUGAGACCUCUACCAGCCUCUCCUGCUUUGCCAAGCCCACCGCUCCUGGAGCUGAGGGGACCCAGUGCCACCAGGACAGAUCCCAGAGGCCACUGCUGCUGCUGCUGGAAUGCGGAUGAAGGGAUGGUUUGGGGAGGUCCCUUCCAGAAACAAGGGAUUGCCUUGUUUGAACAUGUGAAACGUGAGGAGGACUCUCGGUGGUGGAUGUGCUCCUGGUGACACAGGACUUUGGGAUAUCCUCUGGCUGAGUCUGGACUGGAGCUGUUCUGUGCAGGACAAGCAGCACUGGAGGCUGUUAGGGUGUUUGAUUCGUUAAAUUUUGCAAUGUGUCUGAUCUGAGUUACACCUCUGCCCGCACAGACUGGGGCAAGAAGAGAUCUGUAUAAAGUAGGAUUUUUUGGGCCUUUUACAAAGCAGGUCUCUUGUCACCAUGGAUUGGAUCAGAUACAGGUUUCUAACAUAGCUGCAAAGAAAAGUUUAUCCUGAAUUUUGUAGAAAUAUUUGACUUUUGGCUGUUUAAAUGAGAGGAGGGAAAUGUGCUCUGUAAAAUGGCCCCAGGUUUCCUCCGUGAGUGUCUUACUUGCUUGUUUUGGUGACAAAUGUCGUGUUGCUGUUCUCAGAAUCCCAGAGGAAAUUGGAGUGUGGUGCCUCCUGCAGUAACCACAGAAAUGCCAUCUGAAAUCCCAGAGGCAGGGAUUACAGGUGAUGGUGUGAGCAGGAGCCCAGCCUGAUCCAGAGGCCACGAGUGGGAACAAAUCCCAACUUUAAUAUGAAAUUUGCGCACAGAGUCACCUCCUCAGCCAACCUGGAUUUCCGCUGGGAACCCGAGCUACAGCCCCUUGCUAAAGGAUAAUUAAUUGCUGACCGUUAUUAAUUGAGGCCUUUUGAAACCCAGGAUUCAGAUGAUGCAUAAAAACUUCGGUUAAUCUCCCCUCAUCAUCCCUUAAGUGAAAUGACUUGCAGUGGAAAAUGUGAGCUGGCCCAGCAGUGCAGUGAGAUAAAGGGGAGAUUAUCUCCACUCCAGCAUUAAUUUCCUCUCUCCCCUUUGUUUGCUGCUCCCCGAUUCAUGAAAGCUCUGUGGGUUCUGGAGUCACCUUGGGGAGCCCAGGGGAUGGGGCUGGGCUGGGGCUGAGCCCAGGGAUGUUGUGCCCAAGCUGCCCUGGAUGCUCACAGUUGCAGUGGCUGCAGAUGAGGUGAAUUCCCGUUCCUGGGCCACCAAGGCCAGGGAGCAGGGAUUGGGCUGGGAUUGCUGGAGGCAGCAGGGCCCUGAGGGCGCGGGAGGCUUUGUUUGAUUUCUCCUAGAACUUGAUGAAAGCAGCUUUGGUGUGGAGCUCAAAGGGAUGGGCACAGCCUGCCCUGGCUCAGAUUGCAGCUCCAGGGCUGGAAUAUCCUCUCCUUUCAUGGCAGGCUGGGCUGUCUCUCCAGAUUUUCCUCUCCAGAGUCAGUAGCAGGACCUUUGACUCUUCCCUUGGUGUGGCUGCACAGCAGGGCCUGGCUGCUGGCAGAGGACACCCUGUGCUUUCCCAGGCGUGGUGAUCUGUUUGUCGUUAAUGUAUUGAAUUGCAGGUUGCAUUUUGUGUUAAGCUUGUCUUAGGAGUAAUCCAGUGCUGUCCAUUUGACUUAAUCUCCAGCGAUCAGUGUGCAUAUGCACAAAGAUGGAGAAAUCCCAUCCAAGGCAUUUCCCUGGAGCUCUGGCUGCCCGUGUCCCAGGAAAAGGCUGAGGGAGCCCCUGAGUUACUCAGAGUUUCCUCCUGCUUGCAUCAGCAUGCUUGAACCCUGCAGGAUCCUCUGCGGGGUGAAGGAUGUUCAGGACUCCUCCCAAGCAGGCGGUGGCACCUGUGCCUUGAGCUGCUUCCCGACUGAAAAAGCAGGAAGAACCCAGCCCAGGGAAGGACUACAGGCACAUCCACAGCACCCAGAGCACUCCUGGUUCUGUGAGGGGCAGGAGGAUGGAAUUCUGUGGCUGCGCUAAGCUGGGAUGAGAACCAGGCCCUCUCUAAUGGUGGCCUGAGCGGUGUGCUUUGGAGGUUCCAUGUUUUUUAGUAUGUACCUGCUUUUGUAUUUAUGUGUCUUUCUCCAAUAUUCAAAUGAAUCCAAUAUUUAAUUUUUACCAGAAGGGGCAAUUUAGGACUCAGUAUUAAAUCUUCCAUGUGCUCCUUGCUGAUGAUUGCUGGAGGAGUUUGUGAUGUGAGAACAGAGCUGAGCACAAAGUCCCCGAGCCCUCGGGAGCCACGGUGCUGCUGCUGCAGCAAGUCAGGGCCCCCGACAGGCCCUUGGUGCUCCUCGGGGCUCGAUGGGGCUUUAAAAACCAAAUCCUGUUCCUCCAGAGCUGCUUGGGUCAUCCUCUGUCCCUCCAGACGUGGCAGGUUCCUCCUCUGCCCCCCAGAGCAGCCGGGUUCCCCGUGCUGGCUGUGCCGGGACACCCAGCCCUUCCCUGGAUGGAGGCACCGGGGCUGGCAGCUCCUCCCUGGCUCCCCUCCUGCCCUCCCCUGCCGCAUUCCCGCCCUUGUUACUCGAGGCCUGUCCCAUGUACGCCCUCCCUCCCUUUCCAUGUGGAACUGUAAGGUCUGUUUAUGACAUUUUAAUAAACUUUGAUUUGAAAACUGA